ACAAAAAAAAAGGCUCUCUCUUUGUAUUUGUUUUUCUUUUUCAAUUCACAGACAGAAUCGAAGAGAAUCCAUCCAUCCCUGAGAAUCACUGAAGAACAAACCGAAAUCUCAUACUCUAUAAAACCUCAUCCUCCUUCUUCGACGUUUGAUUCAAUGGAUGUUUGAUUUUCUCUAGGGACUGCGUUUGGUGAGGAAGAUUUUUACUAUGGAUGCUGAAGUUAUCUUAGUUGCUGAUGGGGCUGAACCUGCUCUUGUAAAUGGUGGUUUAACAAUGGAAAAUGGUGUUACUUCUUGCGAAACCAUGGAUACUACUUCAGAAAGUCAGAAUGAGAAUUCAGGAGAUAGUUCCACUUUGGAUGCAACUGAACACUCCAAAGAGGUUGCAGCUGCGGGUAAGGGUACACAAGUUGAAAGUGUAGAUGAACCGAAGAGUAUUAAAGGCCAAAAGGCUCAACGGAAGCUGAAGCAUGAGAAACUCUUAAGUGGUAAAAAUGUUCCAUCGGUUCAUAUCAAAAUGAAGAGAGAGAACAAAGGUGCAGAUGCUAAAGUGGAAGUAGCAUCAAAUGGUUCGGUUGCUCCUAAUGCUCACACAACAAAGUCUUUAAAGAGCACAUCAGUCAAUGGUAGAGAAGCUGAACUCACUGAGCAUGGAAAGCAAGAAUCUGCACCUGCUGAAAGCGCCACAGGGGACAAGGUGAAAGCAAAGCCUCAGAAGAAACAAGUCCAUGAAACAUCUGACGAUGAUACUCAGUCUUCUUCUAAUAGCCCGCAAGCAGACGAUGGCAAACCUCGAAAAGUUGGUGCACUUCCAAAUUAUGGGUUCAGUUUCAAAUGUGACCAACGUGCUGAAAAGAGAAGAGAGUUCUAUGUUAAGCUUGAGGAAAAGACUCACGCGAAAGAAGAGGAGAUUAAUAACAUGCAAGCCAAGUCCAAGGAAGCACAAGAAGCUGAGCUUAGGAAGCUAAGAAAGAGCUUGAACUUCAAAGCCACACCUAUGCCUAGCUUUUAUCAAGAUCCUCAGCCUCCUAAAACAGAGUUAAAGAAGAUACCACCAACAAGACCAAAAUCUCCAAAACUUGGACGAAAGAAGACUGAUUCUGAAGAAACUCAAACUCCUCGCUUAGGUAGACUGAGCCUAGAUGAGAAAGCUUCUAAAGGUAACUCAACUUCCAAGGGUAUUGUGCCAACAUUUGAUCACAAGAAGCAACCGUUGCGCAAGUCGCUUCCAAGAUUGCCAUCUCAGAAAACAGCUCUCCCCGAUGGAAAAGCCGCAACAACAUCAGCAAAGGUGAAACCUGAAAGAAAGAGACCUGGAAAAGAUGCAGAAACUUCAAACCAGUCUUCCCAUCUCACAGAAGAGGAAGCACAAGUGACUGUAGCAUCUUCUAAUGCUAAUGCAGAAGGCUCAGAUGAGAUUGUAUCUCCAAGGAUAGAUGAAGAAAGAGCUGAGUCCAUUGAGGUAUCUGAAGCGGUUGCUGUUGAGCACUGAGAUAUAUACUAUUUACUCUCAAGACUCAUCUUGCAUUAAUUAAGGAGGAAAAGAAGAAAAGAAACCGUAUGAUAUUUUUGUUUAUAUAAUAUCUUGGACCAAAACUUAUCUGAAAAGAAAUGGGUAAAAGUGUGAAAAGAAUCAUAUGGGUUUGGUUCUAAAGGUUGCUGCUUUCAAAUAUUUCUAUGUUUGAUGUU